UCAAGUAUUUUGUCACUGGUUUCUAAACUAAUUUUAAAAGCUUCCACCAAGGACUUAAGUGCAAAAUGUUAAUGACUUGAUAAUAGCACAUCAUCAAUUAUUAUAGCUCAGACGUUCGUACAGUGGUGUAUACUACAAAAUGUCUUCAAAGACAUUAAGUCGGUGGAGAGAUCGGUCACGAAGCCGUUCUCUUGAAUACAGGCGAGAGUCGCGACCAAAGAGCAGGGAGAGAGACAGACAUGCUAGUAGGCAUAAAAGCUCCAGAGCGAGCAGUAGCGACCGAGAAUCUCGAACCAGAAGUAGAGAUAAAUCAUCACGAUCAAAAUCUCCAAGAAGUAGGCACCAAUCUAGCAAGGAGAAAAAGAGUAAACACAAGAAAAGUAAAAAGAAGAAGAAAAAGAAGCAAAGCAGCAGCAGCAGCAGCUCAUCAAGCAGUGACAGUGAUGAGGAAGAGUUGAAAUUGCUGCAACGACUGGAGGCCGAGCGACAGAGGAUCAAGGAGGAGAGGAAGAAACAGAAGGAGCUACUCAAAGCCAAUGAAACUCCAGAAGAGAAAAGAGAGAGAAGAUUACGGGAGAAACAAGAAAAGGAGAGGAAGAGAAGGGAACGGAUGGGCUGGGACAACGAGUAUCAGUGCUACACCAAUCAGGACAAUCCCUUCGGCGACUCGGCACUCACUAACACAUUUGUGUGGACCAAGAAAUUAGCCAAGGAGGGUGUGAAGAACGUCUCCCACGAUGAGCUGGAGGCACUCAACAGACAGAAGCAGCUGGAAAACAAAAUAGAACUGGAAAAGGUGAAGCAACGGCGGCUAGAGCGGGAAGCGGAGCGGGCAGCGCGCGAGGCGGAGGCGGCAGCGGCGGCGCGCGCUCGCGAGGCCGCGCAGUUCAGCAGCUGGGCGCGCCAGGAGGACUCCUUCCACCUGCAGCAGGCACGUCUGCGUUCGCAGAUACGGAUCCGGGACGGCAGAGCGAAGCCGAUCGACCUGCUGGCGUGGUACGUGAGCUCGGAGCAGUGCGUGGACGCGCUGGAGAUGCACGAGCCCUACACCUACCUCAACGGCCUGCAGGCCAACGACCUGGAAGACCUGCUUGAGGAUAUCAAGGUGUACGAGGAAUUGGAGAGCGACACGCAGCUGCAGUACUGGGAGGACGUGCGCACAAUCGCGCGCGACGAGCUCGCCAAGCUGCGCCGAGCCGCCGCGCCGCAGCGCGACACCGUGCACGCCGCCGUGCAGCAGGACGUGCAACAGAUAUUCAAGGGCAAGACGGGCGCGCAGCUGGCGGAGCUGCAGGCGCAGAUGGAGGCGAAGAUCAGCGGGCGGCGCGACGGCGUCGACGUCGGCUACUGGGAGAGCCUGCUCAGCCAGCUUAAAGCUCACAUGGCGCGCGCCCGUCUCCGCGACCGCCACCAGCUCAAUCUGCGGCGCAAGCUCGACCUGCUGAAGCGCGAGCAGGGCCUACCCUCGCCCCCGCCCGCGCCUGUCGCCCCGCCCCCGCCGCCCGCGCCCGGCGACGAGGGGGAGGCGGAGGCGGAGGGGGAGGGGGAUGACAGCGACGCGGAGGAGGACGAGGCGUGUCGCGCGGCGUACGCGGCGGGGCGGUACUCGCCGGAGCCGCUGUCGCCGCGCGCGCUCGAGCCCGCCGCGCCGCUGCUCGACCCCGCCCACGACGCGCAGCGCCUCGCCUUCCUGCGCGCGCGCACCCGCCCAUCACUCGCCCCCCAGGACACCGAAGCCGUCGGCACGAGCUCCGCGGCGCUGGAGCGCGAGGCGGCGCGGCUGAUGGACGCGGGAGCGGCGGGGGAGGGCGCGGGGGUGGCGCGGUUCAGCGUAGAGCACGCGCUGCCCGACCAGCCCUGUCUGUGGGCGGACAAGUACAGGCCGAGGAAGCCGAGAUACUUCAACAGGGUGCACACGGGGUUCGAGUGGAACAAGUACAACCAGACGCACUACGACAUGGACAACCCGCCGCCGAAGAUCGUGCAGGGCUACAAGUUCAACAUCUUCUACCCCGACCUCAUAGACAAGGCCGCCACGCCACACUUCUCGCUGAAACCGUGUCCGGAAAACAGCGAGUUUGCGGUGCUGAGGUUCCACGCGGGCCCGCCGUACGAGGACAUCGCGUUCAAGAUCGUGAACCGCGAGUGGGAGUACUCGUACAAGCGCGGCUUCCGCUGCCACUUCCACAACAACAUCUUCCAGCUGUGGUUCCACUUCAAGCGGUACAGGUACCGCCGGUGAUCGGGACAAUAAAUGUUUUCCAAGUA